CGGCUUCUGGAGUGAGCCUCCGAGUGUAGCCAUGGGACCUCCGGGAGGAAAGAUCAAUCGUCCCCGGACGGAGCUGAAGAAGAAGUUGUUCAAGCGCCGCAGGGUAUUAAGCAGGGAUCGGCGACGGAAGCGCCGGGUGGUCGGGGCUGUGAUAGACGAAGGGCUGACUACGAAGCACCACCUCAAGAAGCGGGUGUCCAGUGCUCGUGCCAACAUCACGCUGUCUGGGAAGAAGCGCAGGAAACUCUUGCAGCAGAUCCGACUUGCCCAGAAAGAAAAAGCAGCCAUGGAAGUGGAAGCCCCCUCCAAGUCAACCAGGACUAGUCAGCCACAGCCCAAGCAACAAAAGAAGAUAAAAGCUCCCCAGGACGUAACUAUGGAGGAUCUUGAAGAUAAGAGCUGAAGUCCCUACCUCUUCUACCAGAAGAUGUUCAACAGAACCUAGAAGGAUUUGGAGGAACUUUGGAAAAAAUAGUAGCAUAUUUCACUUUCCUAGACACCCCUUCUACAAUGGACCCUUGACCUCCCCUGGAGGUGUAUAUUGGGAAGGAAAAGGACACAGAGAAAGACUGGAGGGCCAUCUCUAGCAGUUAACUCCUUUUGUAAUAAAGCUUUAGUGCGUUCAAAAAAAAAAAAAAA